AGGUUCUGAACUCUGAACUCUCUGAAACAAAUUUCAUAGCUUCUUCUGGAAAAAAGAAAGUGAGAAGAAAUAAAAAAUGUCGAAAGAUUCAGAGAAAAAGUUCCACUCGAUCAUGGACAAGCUAUUUUUCGCUCCCAAAUCUACGCCUAGCUCCGAUUCCAGUUCAUCUGGUGUACAAACUUCGAGAGGCAAAAAGCGAGCAAAUCCCUCAUCCGCAUUGGCACUGGUGGAAGCGAAAUCGAGAGGCGAUAGAAUGGAGGUCUCCCGGCAUUUUUCAGCUCCAGCUGUGGCGACUCCUGCUCCGCUGUGUAGGCCGUGGGACCGUGGGGAUCUUAUGAGGAGGGUAGCUACAUUCAAGUCCAUGACUUGGUUUGCCAAGCCUAAGGUGGUGAGUGCUUUAAAUUGUGCCAGAAGAGGCUGGAUCAAUGUGGAUGCAGAUAUAUUAGCGUGUGAAUCGUGCGGAGCACGCCUCUUAUUUUCUACUCCGUCAUCUUGGAAUCAGCAGCAAGUUGAGAAGGCAGCUUUGGUGUUUAGUUUAAGGCUUGACAAUGGGCAUAAGAUACUCUGUCCGUGGAUUGACAACGCAUGUGAUGAAACACUGGCAGAGUUUCCACCUACGCCACCUCCAGUUUUAGUUGAUAAAUUUAGAGAACACUGCUAUGCUCUUUUAGAACUCUCAGUUCUCCCUGUGAUUUCUUCUUCAGCCAUUGAGUACAUGAAGAGCCCUCAGCUAGAGCAAUUUCUUGGACAGUCUUCAAUGUUUUAUGGCAAUGGGUCUGGAGACAUUUCUAGAACAGAACAUUCUGACAAUGAAGACAGUGUAGAUUCUGCCAAGUUAUAUUAUCAGGCACAAAAGCUCAUAAGUUUAUGCGGCUGGGAACCUCGUUUACUACCUUAUGUUGUUGACUCUGAGAAUAGACUGAAUUAUUCAGCUACCAACAGACAGAAUCUGGGCAUCAAUAUGCACUCUGCUAGUAAUGAUGAACUUAUGAAGUCACACAAUACCAGUAUACAGGCUGAACACAAUUCUGUUGUUUUAGACUGCAAGCUUUGUGGAGCCAGUGUUGGAUUAUGGGCAUUCUCUACCGUUCCACGGCCUGUGGAAUGUUUCAGAUUAGUUGGAUAUGCAGAAGUAAACUCUGAAAGUCGUUCUGGAACCCAUGAUUCAAACACUGAAAGUCACUGCGACAGUAGGACAGAUAUUUUAAAUGCUGGCAUAGAUGGUGCAACAUUGCCAAGGGACAGAUUCUCAAAUUUAAAUUUGACAAUUGCAGGGGGUCCUCCACCUACAAAUCAGAAUUUCAAAGCAAAAAUUUUGUUGCCUGUUAUUGGUCGGAAUUUAAGGGCUCGGAUUUCAUAUGAUACUGAAUUGAGAGAUUGUUUGUCUGUUGGCCAGGAAGGUAUGCAAUCUGAUUCCCAGAUGGAGAAAGAGGAAGAUCACUACCAAGAAAAUGCAGGGAAUGGUGGACUGGAGAAUUCAGAAGUGAGUGGCCCUGGAACCCCUGAUGCGAAUGUCACACAUUUAAAUGGUGAAAUGGACAAAAGUGACUCACUUGUGAUGGUUUCUUGCAAGGGAGACUUGUUACAUUCAGGAACCAUUGUAGAGCACAGCGAAGAACGUGAGUCUCCUAGUCUUCCAUCUAGCUUUGAAGCUAAUGCAGAUCUUAGCAGCUCCAGAAAUGAUCCCCAACCCACCUCAAACAAGGAGGCUAGUGAAGGCAUAGUGCAGAUUCCUGCAAACAAUGAACUUGUGGCCUGCAGUAGUGGGAAGGACCUAAAGCAUGUAGUGCCUGAUAGCAGGAUGGAGUUUGAUCCUAUCAGGCAGCACAGAUAUUUCUGUCCUUGGAUUGCAUCAACGGGUAAUGGGGCACCUGGAUGGAAGCAAACACUAUCUGCUUUACAACGUCAGGAAGGCGGCUCUCCUUCGUCAGCAUCCAUAAUUAAGGUUGAUGACCCUAUCACUUCAAUUAGAAAUCUCUUCAUGUCUCCAUCUCCCAAAAGAAUGAAGCCAACUGUUUUAACAACUCGAAGUUCGGAUCAAUAGAUGGGUGAUUUUUGGUUGCCUGUAAAAUGGGACUCAAGCAGGUACAGAAUCGGUUGAUAUUAGAGAGGUUAGAUUGUAAUGUCUCCAUUCGAAAGUCCCUCUCGUGGCAUUAGUCCCACUCGAGAGCUUAAAAAUGUCGUAUUUACAAGAUUAGAGUGUAAGUUCGUUACAUUCCUUUAUCGCUCGAGUGCAGCCUGUGCAUUAAACUGUAACGUUCUUACAAUUUUGAUAAACAUAGCAUUUGAAAUUUUGAUGGAUAGAA